UUUAUCUGGUUUUUCCCGCAUCGCUGAGGCUGCAUCUGAAGCUCUGUGACUGCCUUCCCUUCAUCUUCCUUCCUUCACUCGCCUAGGCUAUCCAGAAGCUAGGGUUUUCGCCAUGGAAAUCACCCGCCUCGAGCUCCUCCCCCUUCCUAUCCAUACCUCCUAGCUGUUGCAUCUCGCAUCUGCAAGAAAGGAGCCGCCUUUGAUUCCCCUCCUCCGUUCCAGGGUUUCCCUUCCCCUUUCCAGAAUCGAAUCGAAUCGCAGCAUUACCGACCGAGCAAGCAACCUCUCCCACGGCCGGUCUAUCGUUUGAGGAGGCUCCGACGGCGCUGGCGAUAGAGCAGGCGGCGGGCGGAUAAUGUGUAUACUGUGCUCCGUGCAGCGGUGGUCGCGGCGCAUCGCCACCAUGCUGCCGUGGCUCGUCGUCCCGCUCCUCUUCCUCUGGGGCACCUCCCAGCUGCUCCUCCCCGCCGCCUACCGCUUCGAGGUCACCUCCCCGCGCCUCGCCUGCGUCUCCGUCCUCCUCCUCACCCUCUUCUGGUACGAGAUCCUCCUCCCGCGCCUUUCCCUCUGGCGAGCCCGCCGCUCCGCCCGACUCCGCGAGGAGCGCCGCGCUCGCGCCCUCGAGCUCCACAAGCUCCGCAAGUCCGCCACCCGACGCUGCCGCAAUUGCAACAACCCCUACAGGGAGCAGAACCCUGGCGGCGGCAAGUUCAUGUGCUCGUACUGCGGCCACGUUUCCAAGCGCCCCGUGCUCGAGCUUAAUUCAGCGGGGAAGGUCCCGAGGGGAUGGCCUUGUGCUCAGGAUUGUGACUCAGCCUACUGGCCUGACCUGCGGUGCCCGGGCGAUAACUCCUUCUUGGGAUUCUCAUGGCGCCUGUUCUCGUCCUUUUGCGUGGCAAUGAGAUGGUUCUCGAGGAAGAUAUUCAGAUUUACAUCGUCAGGGGAUGGCGAAGGAUUGGGUCCAGAUGGUAAAAGGUUGACCAAGAGAGGGGAGAAUGAAGGAAAAGCUGAGGAGAGUAGGGUGGACAAGGCGAAGCGGAAAGCGGAAGAGAAGAGGCUGGCCAGGCUGGAGAGGGAAAUGCUGGAGGAGGAGGAAAGGAAGCAGCGGGAGGAGAUGGCAAAGCUUGUGGAGGAACGCAGGAGGCUGAGGGAUGAGAAAGCAGAGGCUGAGGAACGAUCCAAAGGUGCUACCCCUGUUGGGGAGAAGGAUGCUAGGAGGGAGGCAGAGAAGCGACGGCUGGAUAGGAGGAAGAAAGAGGACAAGGGGUCAAGCAAAAGCAAUUCAGAUUGCGAGGACAUUGACAGAAGAUUGGGCCGCGAAGGCGAUAGGAAGCGAGAAUUGGACAGAAAGAGCGAUCUGGAGAGGCGUGAGGGCUACAAGUCUCAUUACUUUGAAGCUAACAAUCACAGUAGGAAGACAUUGGAGAGCAAGACCAAGUACUUCGGCCGUAUGACAGGUGGUUUCUUAUCUUCUUCAAGAGGGUUCGGCGGUGGUUCCUUCUUUGGCAGAAGUGCAAACUCCCCUGCCCCUCAAGCUAACAAGGUUAGUAGAUCUGCUGUUCCUGCAACUGACCAGGGUAAUGCGGUCAAAAGAGAUGCCCAACCUGCAGCCACACAAGCUAUGGUCAAAUCUGCUACAGCUGGAGAAACCAUAAAUCCGUGGACUAAUUUUAAUCGACCUGUUAGUCCAAAUGUGCAGCCACAUCCUACUGGCCUUAAAAAGUCAUGGCAUCAGCUGUUCAGUCGCUCAGCAUCAGUGUCCCCUUGUCCUGAUGUUACAGCUUCAGCUCGUGAAAUGAAUAGGAUGCCAGAACAAAAUGGAACACAGAUAAGCAAUGCUCAUAAUUUUCUGUCUCAGUAUCCUCCUCUGGACAGCAUGCCGAAUUUAAGCCAGCCCAUGCAAUUUCCGGGUUGUCCACCAGUUAAUGGAGCACCUGCCAACAAGCCACUGCCUCAUUUUCCAGCUGAACGUAUGCCCUUCUAUGAUGAGGCAGAACCAACAGUAUUUGAAGAACCAGAACAAUUUGAGGACCCAUGCUAUGAUCCAGAUGCAAUUGCAUUACUUGGGCCAGUUUCAGAGUCUCUAGAUAACUUCCCUCCAGACUUGGAUUGCGGGUUCAUCUCGAGUGAUGUCACCAAGGAAUUGCAUGCGAGGCCUUCACCAAUCGAGCCUCCUCUCUCAAGAUCUCGUUCUGUUGAAGAAAAGCCUAUUAAGCCCCCACACUCAUCACUUGCAAAAGGGUCCGAUGAUUCCAUUUUUCCUGAGGCUAGCAGUGAACAAGGCACAUGGCAAAUGUGGAGCACGCCAUUGGUUCAGGAAAGUUUAGGCCUGCGAGGUCCUCAGAAUCAAUGGCUUCUACCAAAGACAAAUCAAUUUAACCAUGCUGCCAAUUUUUUGAAUGGUGGAACAAGAAGCCCCCUAGGUACUAGUUUGAAUGACAGUGAUCCAUGGCUGCAGAAAGCGCCCUUCCAACAAUUACCUCCUGAUACACCGAGUCUGUUCGUUCCAUAUCACGUGUCAGAAAAAGCUAUACACAACAACUUGAUUUUUGGGUCUCCAAACAAAUCAGCCCGAGGACACCCCUUUGAACCACCUGGUCAUUCUUGGUCCAAGGAGGAGGUGUUGCUGAAUGGAACUCAGGAAACUGGUCAUAUUUCCUCGCCGUCUGGUGGACAUGUUGGCGGAGGCUUAUUUUCAGCUAAUCCCGAUGUACAGUCCGUCUGGUCAUUCGAUGAAAAAGAGACAACAUAGAACUUUAUUAUAGAACAAAAAUGUCAAGGGGAUGAGUUGGGCUGUGAUGCAAAAGAUAUGUUAAUCAUUUUGUUUAGUAGCACUCACCUGUUAACAUGCAUUGCUGCAUUAGGCUUCUUACCUGAUGUUUCGGCGCAUGUCAUCUGAACUGUUGGAUUCAAUGAAAAAAAUGGGAUGGGAACUCGGCGCACACAGCAGCACUAUCUCGUUCGUGAUUGUAGUCAUUAGCGAGAUUAUCGGAUUAGUGGGUCGAUUAUUGCUAACAGGUCUCUCUCAGUGCCUAUAUUGACUCUAGCUUGUUUGAAGGUUGGAGUGGUUGUUUUCUUCAAGUGCUACCUGAUGCAGAGAGUUGUGAUAGAAAUGGUUAUUAUGGGAGAAGUGCUGUUGGCAUUUACUGA